GCGCCUUCAUGACGUACAGUUCGAAACACUAAGCAAAAGCCUUCCGGGCUUCAGUAGCUCCUAGCUACACCACACUUGACAACCCCCAACCACCCGAACCACCCAGCACCCUCUCAAAAACACCACCCUCUUAACCACCCACCCAGUGACCUGUCCAGAAAGUCCACAAAAUGGCCUGUGCACCACUGAUGCUCGAGCAAUUUAUCUACAAGAAGCGCAAUUUCGCUUACGCCUUUGUGCGCCAUCGUCUGUUUGUGUUAUGCAAACAAUCGCUAAUUCGCGUUCAGUCAGCGGAGGGCAUCAAACGCAUCGAGAUCUCGCCCAAGUCGAACCUGAAGCAUCUAUAUGACAGCGUUCAGAAUGCUUUAAAGGUUGAUGGUUUUGGGCUCUUCAAGGAGCGUAACUUUCUCACAGAGCUGCAGGCCAGUGGCUCUCAGCUGGUGGGAACUUCCUUGAAGCAUGGCGACAUGGUCUACUUAAAACAGAUGGCUGGCACAUCGUCACGCCGCACUAGCACCACUGUCUUGGACACACGGACCUUCAAGGCUAGCAGCAACAGCAACCCGAGCAGCGCUCGUCAGUCCAUCAACGUGGUCGAAGAUGACGUGGACCAAGCUCUGAGCAAGGCGGACGGCACCAUCAAGCGCGAACGCGAUAGCAAGCUUUGCCAUCACAAUGCCAACGGUCGUUGCGUCCACUGCUCCGCCCUGGAGCCGUACGAUGAGUCCUACCUGAAGGAGCAAAACAUCAAGCACUUGUCCUUCCACUCGUACAUACGUAAGCAGACCUCUGGAAUGGACCAGGGCAAGUACUUCGUCUUCGACGACAUCAAUUGCCGCAUUAAACCAGGUUGUCGCGAGCAUCCACCAUGGCCUAAGGGCAUCUGCUCCAAGUGUCAGCCGUCAGCCAUAACGCUAAACCGUCAGACAUAUCGCCAUGUGGAUAACGUUAUGUUUGAAAACACCAAAAUCGUGGAGCGCUUCCUCAACUAUUGGCGUACUACUGGACACCAACGCAUGGGAUAUCUUUACGGAACAUACGAGCAGCACACUGAUGUCCCGCUAGGAAUUAGGGCUAAGGUAGCAGCCAUCUAUGAGCCACCACAAGAGUCCACUCGGGAUUCGAUCAACAUACAGCCUGAUGAGGGAGCAGAUGAUGUGGAUGCGGUGGCCACUGCACUUGGACUGAAGAAGAUUGGUUGGAUUUUCACUGAUCUCAUCACGGAAGAUGCGAGUGUCGGCACUGUCAAACAGAUCCGUGGCAUCGAGUCGCACUUUAUUACCGCCCAGGAGUGCAUCACAGCCGGCGAGUUACAGAACCGACAUCCGAAUCCAUGUAAAUAUGCCUCCAAUGGCGUCUUUGGCUCAAAGUUCGUGACUAUUUGUGUGACGGGAGAUAAAACCAAACAAGUGCAUAUGGAGGGCUAUGCGGUUUCGGCUCAGUGCAUGGCUCUGGUGCGUGAUAAUUGUCUGAUACCCACUAAGGAUGCGCCUGAGCUGGGCUACGUGCGUGAAUCCACGGACAAGCAGUAUGUUCCAGAUGUCUUCUAUAAGGAAAAGGAUCAGUAUGGCAAUGAGGUGCAGCGGCUGGCUCGCCCUCUGCCCGUGGAGUAUCUUCUGGUGGAUGUGCCCGCCUCGACUCCCCUGCAACCCAUUUACACCUUCACCGAGUACGACAAGCGCCAGCCAUUCCCCAUCGAGAACCGUUACAUCGACGGUCACCUGCAGGACUUCAAUGCUCUCAGCUGUUAUCUGUCCGCCUGGGGUGAGGAGGAAUUCCUCGAGGCCGUCUCCGACUUCCACCUGCUGGUCUAUCUGUACAAGAUGGAUAUGCUACCGUUGCGGCAACACAUGGGACCGCUGCUGGAGGCGGUGCGCACCAAGAAUCCCAACCAGGCCGCCCAGUUCAAGAGCGAGGAUGUGUGGAAGCUGAUCGAGUCUAUUAUCCAGGCCAGUUCCAGCGGCAGUGGAGGAACAACUAGCUAUCCCAGUGGUGGUGCUUCGUCCAGCGCUGGAGCUGCUGGCGCGGAGGCAAUGGACUUGGAUGCCAACACCUGGACGUGCAACCAUUGCACCUUCAUCAACCGCGGCGAGCUCACAUCCUGCGAGAUCUGCUCGUUACCCAGAUAAGAAUCCCCGCAGACACGAAAAUUCCACGAUUUGCAGCCUAGAUGAACCAUUCGAAAUUCCGGUGUAAAACAAACUAAAGAUUCAAUCAUACUUACUUAUAGCAGCGACUGGAAGACAAGGGUGUCCCUCGAAACACACGUACACAUGUACACUUAGAGGUGCACGGACAUACACAUAGACACGCAGCGGUUCGUGCGAAUGUCGCGCAUUCUCUAUAUGUAAUCCUUGUGUAAGAAUUUUAUAAAAUAAAACAAAAAAAAUGAAAGGAAAAUUUAAUUUAUUUUUAAAUAAAUUUCAAUUGUUGUGCAA